CGUCACAGUCGUGGCAUGCUUGGUUCAAUAGCUAUUGACGAGAGAAAKCCGAAUAUCCAAUAUGAAACUAAUUUMACUUCGGUCAUUGGAUACAGUUUGUACAGGGUGGCGUCCUCACAAGCAUGACUUGUCAACUAUCAGUAGAAUAUGUCUUGUUGAUGUCAAAUAAACAAGACAAGUUUUUAAUAAUACAUUAUGAAAUGUAACUAAUAUAGACCCGUGUUUUGGGAUCAUUUCAUUAAUUGAAGUUCUGGAAAUGUGUCAAUACCGAUCUGCCUCAGUUUGUGGUUGUUAGGAGGCAACGAUGAAGGGUUAAGGGAACUUUAGCGCUGCGAGACUACACUUUAUUUGGGGGUGAAAAGCACAACCACCACCACUGCUGCUGUGCCACGCAUUGGGCCCAGGAGGGUGUGAGAUGGCUCUUGAUGUCUUCUAAUUUGAGCUGAAGACUAGUUGAAAAAACGGGCCUCCUGCUCCCGGUCAUCAACCCUCAUUAUUCGAGCCAAGUCUACAGUGUUUCAUACGGCUAACAGUCACACUAGUCCCCUUAGCCCCAGAGAGAAGCCUCUUCAGUCCUCUUGUGUCUCCCGGGGUUGCCAGUGACUCUAUAGGCCAGCUGAAUGUGAGGGUGGAUCAGACUCAGAAGAACCAGCUUCAUAGUGCCUCAGGGAAACCCCUCUACAACGUGCCUUCAACCUUUCUGUGCCUGCAGCCACUAAUCUAGCUAACAAGCCACAGUGUCCUGGUAGCUCUGACGUUAUCUCAUACGGACAUAACCCUGCUGUGUUGGAGCCAACCGUUCARAGUUACCGGCACGGAUCCUGGCCCGCAAAAGAGCCUUGUCACUCCAGCCUACGCCCUAUCCCACGUGUCCAUCUCCACCAAAGGCAGAACGCAUCUUAGACUCACAGAACAACUCAGCGUCACAGCCUGCUGAUAGCACCAUCACSAGCAUGCCCACCAACCAGUCAGUCUCCUGGACCAGUGGCAAGCUGAGAGACAAUAACAAAGGGUUUAUGAGGCCCACUAUGGGUAAAGUGCCUUCCCGUCCCAGACAAGAGACUACCCAGACAAGAGACUCAGCAAAACCUUUGUCCCCCCUGACCCAGUCAGCUUCCUAUUGCCGUGGGGGGGACAAUGUGGACGGUAAAACACAGGCUAAGUUCACACACACACCCCACCCCCCCAACACUGUUCCCUUUCAGGAUAGAUCAGCCCACCACCUUGCUGUGGCACAGAAUCAGAUCUGGAAGCUUCAGGACCCAUGUCAGUGUGAAAGCCUGYUGGCAGCAGAAAUGGAGGGGGCGGACCACCCCCAGAGGCUGGGGUGUUGUCCUGUUGGCCACGGAACUCCUCCUAACACACCGGCAGAGAGAAUCAGGAAGUUCAACUCUGAGUUGGAGUUCACUAAGACUGUGAGGAAGCUGACACAGUCACGAAGCGCGCUCACCCCUCAUCCCAGGAACAAGACUGUUAACGGAAUUACUACUGGACCCUCAGGGUCCAACAUGGAUCCAGUCAAGAUGGACAAAGCCGUGACUACUAGCUCAGUCUCAGUCAUCCACAGCCUUGCUCCAGCCAAACCCUCUGUACCACUCUGCCUUACUAAGAGAGACCAGGAGACGGAGCCCUCUGUCCCUCCUGUGUCCAUGGAGACCUCCAGUGCCUCCAGCCUCGACAGCAACACCACAACAACAAACAGUAGGAGCACAGCAGCCUCCAUGGCACCUCUACCCCACGCAGGGAUAACUCCAACCCAGUCCCCUACCCAGUCCCCUACCCAGGCCAGUGCCACAGUUAGUUCUGGUGCAGUAUAACUCCAACCCAGUCCCCUACCCAGGCCAGUGCCACAGUUAGUUCUGGUGCAGGGAUAACUCCAAACCAGUCCCCUACCCAGCCAGUGCCACAGUUAGUUCUGGUGCUAGUUCCAUCCCAGAGAACACUGUGAGUGUUCUGAGUCGUGUUCAGGGUCUACUCAGAGUCGGAGGCCUCUGUCACCUCUCGGUAACCACCCAGAUAUCUGCCUUACACCUGACCAAGGAGAGGAUGUCCUGUCUCUACAGGGGGGGCACAGCAACAGCCCCUCCCAGUCCCUACCUGCCCUGAAGAGAAACAGCAGGCUACUGAGUCACCUCAGCUCCCCAGUCCAGAGAGUGUUGCCAUGCAGGAGGAUGGAGACGCAAGGGCAGAGAGUUUCCUGAUGAUGAGCUCUGGAUGACUGCAGUGGUGGUGGUGAUGAUGAUGAUGGUG